AUGCCAGCAAUACGAGGUUCCGGCACGGUGAAUGGCCGUUCACCUAUCAACCCUCCAACGCUUAUUGAGCAUAAAAAUCUUCGCUUUUUGAUUGCGGAUGCCCCAUCGAACAAUAAUUUGGCUCUUUAUAUUCAGGAAUUCGAACGAUACAAUGUGACUGAUGUUGUUCGUGUGUGUGAUCCGACCUAUCACAUCAAGCCUCUUGAGGAGCGUGGAAUGAAAGUUCACGAUUGGGUUUUUGGUGAUGGCGAGGCUCCACCAACCCAAAUUGUUAACGACUGGCUUGACCUUGUUCAAAAGCGAUUUGGAGAAUGCGUCGAUGAAGGAGUAAGACCAACCAUCGCGUGUCACUGCGUGGCUGGACUCGGCCGUAACAGGAGACAGGGUCUCUCUAUGGAGGUGAACCUUACUAUACGACAAAGGUAUUCCGAAACCGAGAUUGAGGGAGUCGCUCUGGAGUGA